ACACAAACGAGGUAAAGAAACCAACACAGAGGUUAGGUACUAUAAAAUCCCACAAAGAAGUGAGUGAAAGAAAGAAAAGAGGUGGCGGCGGAUUCUGAAAACUCAGCAUAGUACUUUCCCUACUACAAGUACUUAAACAAACUCAGCAUUACCACAUCCAACGCUCAUUAUCUAACCCUCUCAUUUAAUCCAACGGUUAAUACCCCACCCUCACUCAUUCACAUAAUCCUUAUACCCUCGCUCGCCGCAACACUCAAAAUCCAGAUUCUAUUCUAUUCAAUUCAAUUCCUUCCUUCAUCUCUCUCUCUAUCUCUUAACCAAAACCCAACUUGUCUCUUUAUAGAGAGAACGGGGUGCAAUUAGUAAUUUACUAUUACUCACACAACAACAAGAUGCAAUCAUCAAACGGUGCUAAUUCUGAUUCCAAUUCCAAACCAACGGAACAGAUUACUACUACUACUACUACUACGACGACUCAACACCGUCCUAACAAAACGCCGCCGCAUUCACUUACUGUUCCGCCACACCAACAGUGGAUUCCGAUGCAAUAUCCAGCGCCGGCAAUGGUAAUGCCACAUCAUAUGUUACCGCCUCAACAUUAUGCGCCGCCACCGCAUCAUUAUUUGCCUUAUCAUUAUCAUCAUCAACAACAUGUGCCUCACGUGCAUCAUGGAUCUAGUGCUGAUAAUAAGACCAUCUGGGUCGGUGAUUUGCAUCAUUGGAUGGAUGAGAAUUAUCUUCACCGUUGUUUUGCUUCUACCGGCGAGAUUUUCUCGAUUAAGGUUAUUCGCAAUAAGCAGACUGGUCAAACGGAGGGAUAUGGAUUUGUGGAAUUCCAUUCACAUGGGACAGCUGAGAAAGUUUUGCAGAAUUAUGCUGGGAUGUUGAUGCCCAACACAGAGCAAUAUUUCCGCCUUAACUGGGCGACAUUUAGCACAGGAGAUCACAAACGCUCAGAUAAUGUCCCUGAUCUUUCAAUUUUUGUAGGAGAUUUAGCUGCAGAUGUUACAGAUAGCAUGUUGCUUGAAACUUUUUCUAAUAGAUAUCCUUCUGUUAAAGCUGCUAAAGUUGUUUUUGAUGCCAAUACCGGUCGUUCAAAGGGUUAUGGUUUCGUCAGGUUUGGAGAUGAUAAUGAGAGGUCAAAGGCUAUGAAUGAAAUGAAUGGUGUUUACUGUUCUAGCAGGCCUAUGCGAAUUGGUGCUGCAACUCCUAGGAAAUCCUCUGGCUAUCAACAAGGAGGCCAGUCAAAUGGCACACCUAGCCAAUCUGAAGCUGAUUCUACAAAUACAACUAUAUUUGUUGGAGGACUGGACCCUAGUGCUACUGCUGAAGAUCUCAGACAACCAUUCUCCCAGUAUGGUGAGAUAGUCUCUGUUAAGAUCCCUGUCGGAAAAGGAUGUGGUUUUGUACAAUUUGCCAACAGAAAUAACGCUGAAGAGGCAUUGCAGAAGCUAAAUGGUACAACAAUUGGCAAGCAAACAGUCCGUCUUUCUUGGGGUCGCAACCCAGCAAAUAAGCAGUUUAGAACGGAUUUUGGCAGUCCCUGGAAUUCGCCGGCGUAUUAUGGAGGAGCUGUUUAUGAUGGGUAUGGAUAUGCUUUGCAUCAUCCUCAUGACCCGAGCAUGUAUGCUGCUGGUUAUGGGGCUUACCCCAUUUAUGGAGGACACCAGCAACAAGUAAGCUAAACGAAGUGUAGUGCAGAAGUAAUACUCACAACAGCAUCAUGCUUGAACGAGAAAAAGUUAACAUUUCUACCUUGUAACUUGCUUGAUCUGUUGUAUUCUGAAGAAUCCCUCCUAAUUGUGGAGUGGAGUUGAAUUUUGAUAACCUGAGCUAGAAUGGUAGGAACUCGAUUAAUCAUUCGUUUAGACUCGUAGGAGUAAUGAUGAACUUAAACUUGUUUAUCGCAAUAAUUAUCUUAGUAUACCUGCACUAGCUAUUGCGUGAAA